GAUGAUAAUAAUAAUAAUAAUGUUAGGAUUAAUAACAAUGCAAAAGGUGUGAAAAUCCCUUCUUAGAACAUGAAAUCCCUCCUGGAUGUCCGUCCUGGUCGGAGCCGGGCCAGAGAAUCUCCAUCCUGCUCCUGAUCCUCAUCCUGCUCCUGAUCCUCAUCCUGCUCCUCAUCCUCCUGUACCUGCUCUCCUCCAACAUGGACCAGUGUCGGGCCCUGACGUCAGCCGUCACCGCCCUGCCUGCAGUAUCACUGACUACAGAUGAUGAUGGAGAGCGGACAAGCGGCCUCCACAUGAAUCCCAUCCGGAGGUGGGGGUUAAGACGCACGGACACCGAGAUAACUAUUUAAGAACUUUUCGGAUGGGGACACCGAAACGUGCUCCUUUCACAUCUGGCGCAGGAGGAGAUGCUCAUCAGGCCGUCAUCGCGUGGGAGCGGCGGGCUGUGGCGCUCCGGUCGGGGGGUUCCUCACUGUGGCACAGCCAGUGUGCACACGAUCUAGAGAAGACAUCCACCGGGUAAACACCACCCAGCCGUCACCUUUUUUCGCGUUACCGUGGGUUGGCGACCAAACCGUGAAGGAAUACCUUUGACAGGGUGGAGCUGCGGGUUCUUUAAUAAAUGAUGAGGAAUUCCACUCGAGUCGCUGUUGAAUUGUGAAAGGUCGGUUUGAUGCUUAUGCCUGAUGCCUGACACACACCGUGUCCGCUGAUCCUCGACCCCACAGCCUUGUUUUUGUGUCCAAACAAUGCCCCAGGUGAUGUUAUGUCACCGGACAGAGCGAUAGGGAUGAUGUCUGCGGGCUGGUGCGGGACCACAGGCGUUCAUGCAAAGCGUCCACACUGUGGCUCUCCACGGAGCCUGUUUAUGCAAUCCGACGCAGUGUUGCAAGUGGGCUGAUUGUCUUUUUCAUGGUACUCUCUCCACAGCAUCCACGGGAUAUGAUCCCCAGAACUGCCAGGCCUUUGUGUUUCUGUGAAAUAUGCCCAGGCCUUGCGUAAAACACCCGAAAACAGGAGAGAUGGCACCGUGGGAUGGCACGGCCGUGGAGAUGCGCUAAAAGGGGCGCCCUUAUUUUUUUGGAUUUAAGGCAUAAACACUGGGGACACCUAUCAGACUGACCAUGUCGAAAGUUGUGACAAACAAAGAGAAGAAAUCCUUCAGUAAAAAGCUCUUCCGGAGGAGCUCGGUGCGCUCCGUGGGCAGCUUCAUGAACAGAGUUCUCCGGACUCUGUCCACUCUGUCUCAUUUCAGCACCGACGAACAGGCCGCCGAGGACGACAAGGACGACGCAACUUUGAUCCCGACCACCACUGGGGGGUCGGUCCCGUCAGAUGACAGCGACUGUGGGGGGUUCGUGUUCGGGGAUAAGGUCCCAGGAGUCGCCGGCCUGAAGAACCACGGGAACACCUGCUUCAUGAACGCCAUCCUGCAGUGUCUGAGCAACACCGAGCUGUUCGCGGAGUACCUGGCCCUGGAGCAGUUCAAGGGGGGGGACACCACCAGCGGCAACGAGAAGUCCAAGUCCAACGGGGUCCUGGUGCAGAAGAAGGGGAUCCAGCAGCUGCAGCAGGACUCCGGGGAGGUGACCGAGCAGCUGUCCGGGCUGGUCCGGGCCCUGUGGACCUUCGAGUACACACCUCAGCACAGCAGAGACUUCAAGAAUGUGGUGUCAAAGAGCGCCCUGCAGUUCAGAGGCAACUCUCAGCACGACGCCCAGGAAUUCCUCCUCUGGCUGCUGGAUAGAGUUCACGAAGACCUCAACAACAUCGUGCACCCUGAGAGUAGAACCCCCAGAAAGCCUCCAGUAGAGGAUGAAACUGUCCCUGAAGGAUCUCCACUACCAGCACCUGGCUCUUUUGUACAGGAACUGUUUCAGGCACAAUACAGGUCAUCCUUGACUUGCCCUCACUGCCAGAAACAGAGCAACACCUUUGAUCCGUUCCUCUGCAUCUCACUGCCAAUCCCUGUACCUCACACCCGGCCUCUGUAUGUGACAGUGGUGUACCAAGGAAAAUGUUCCCACUGUAUGAGAGUUGGGGUGGCGGUGCCUCUGUCCGGCACUGUGUCCAGGCUGAGACAAGCUGUGGCUCAAGAGACCAAAAUCCCAGCUCAACAGAUCGUCCUCACUGAAAUGUACUAUGACGGCUUUCACCGCUCCUUCUGCGACGACGACGACGACCUGGAGAUCAUUCAGGAGAGCGACUCAAUCUUUGCCUUCGAGACACCUGAGCUAUUCAGACCAGACCAGAUCCGCUCAAAACGAGGCGGGAGUCCGCAUGCAAAUCUGAACCAGAACAACCUGAAGUACGGCACUGAUAAUAACAGGAUAUCCACACAAAUACAAGAGCCUUCCAGUCCACCACAGAGCCCCAACAAGAACACUGGACAAGCAGAGAAGAUUGUCCUGUUGGUAUGCAACAGAGCCUGCGCUGGACAGCAAGGACGCAGGUUCGGUAAUCCUUUCAUUCUGUAUUUGGAGCGAACUGUGACAUGGGACAUACUUCAGAAGGAGAUCCUGGAGAAGAUGAGACAUCUUUUGCGUCCUGGAGUCAUAGUGCAGGUAGGGCCUUUUACACUGCGUGUGGUGGGAGUGGUCGGAAUCACGUAUCUCCUGCCUCAAGAGGAGCAGCCGCUUUGCCAUCCCUCUGUGGAGAGAGCUUUUAAGUCUUGUGGUCCUGGGGGGCCGCCUCAUGUCAAAAUUGUUGUCGAAUGGGACAAGGAGACGAAAGACUAUCUAUUUAAAAGAACGGAAGAUGAAUACAUCCCAGAUGCUGAGAGUGUGCGUCAAGUUAAAGAACAGCACCUGCAGCCUCAGACCUGUUCACUUGCCCAGUGCUUUCAGCUCUACACCAAAGAGGAACAGCUUGCUCCUGAUGAUGCUUGGCGAUGUCCUCACUGUAAGCAGCUCCAACAGGGAAGCAUCAAGCUCAGUCUGUGGACGCUGCCCGACAUCCUCAUCCUUCACCUGAAACGCUUCAGGCAGGACGGGGAUCGACGGAUGAAGAUGCAGAACAUGGUGAAGUUCCCCCUCUCAGGCAUGGACAUGGCACCACAUAUGGUCAAGAGGAGCCAGAGCAGCUGGAGCCUGCCCUCACACUGGUCACCGUGGAGACGACCUUACGGGAUGGGCCGCGAUCCUGAGGACUACCUGUAUGACCUGUAUGCAGUGUGUAACCAUCACGGCACCAUGCAGGGAGGACACUACACAGCUCAUUGUAAGAACUCCAUUGAUGGGCAGUGGUAUUGCUUUGAUGACAGUGACGUUCAUCCCAUUUCUGAAGAUGAAGUCUGUAAACAAACUGCUUACAUCUUAUUUUAUCAAAGACGCGCCACAAUUCCAUCUUGGUCUGCCAACAGUUCUGUGGGGGGAUCAACCAGUUCCUCUUUGUGUGAGCACUGGAUAAGUCGGUUGAUGGGUAGUCGCCCUCCCAGCCAGGCCUCCUCUGGUUCUUCCAGACGUACCUCACUGGCCUCUCUGUCUGAGUCGGCUGAGUUUGCUGGUGAAAGGAGUGAAGAUGAUGGGUUAUCGAGCCGACCAGCCGUGAGAGGCAUGCAAAGACAAACAUUCCCCUCCAGAUCUUCCAUUGCCAGCCCAUUAGUGCUCAGUGAGAACGGCACUAAACCAUCCUGGUCCCACUCUGCUAAGCUCCAGCUCCGUUCCAACUCACCCUCACGCUUCUCCCUCGAAUCCCACUCCUCCUCGCCGACCCUGGAGAGGAUUGGGGAGGUGGUUGAUACCAAGCUGUCAACCUCCUGCUUCAGUGGGUCACCUAAGCCAGACAGACCGUCAGGGGGCAAGUUGUCCCUUUCAGCUUUGGAUGGUAAUCCAGGCGGUAAGAGGCUGAUCGAGCAGGUACAUUCCAAGGCUGUGGCUCAAGCAGAGCAGAGGAGCUGUGGUCAGACAGGGGAUAACAACAACACUGUCUCUGGUGCUGAAUCUGUGAGUCCUCGACAUGGAGGGACUGCAAAGGAGCUGAAGCCCAGGAAUGGGGCUACAGAUGGUGCUGGGGUCAAAAGGACCUCCACUAAGACUGGGAUGGAGAGUGAACGAAGUCCCAAGAAACGAGCUGCCACCUCAUCAACAUCCUCCAGCUCUCUGUCUCCUGCGUCCCCAGCCAUCGACAAGUCUCGAAUCCAGAACAAGAGCGCAGCAUCACCAUCUGUCCCCAGGGACAAAGGUGAUGUCCCCAAACCUGCUAAGGCUGCCUCCUCUAGAACAGGAACCCCCUCAAAGAAAGGCUCCCCGCAAACCCAGGAUGCUUUACAUCCUGACUCUGCCCAACAGAGGAAGACCGGAUCUCCUGGGUCACAGAGCUCACACCCUCAGAGGAGGGCGUCCCCCAGAGCAGGGGGGGACAAAAGCUCAGCCUCAGGAAGGACUAGAGCAGCAGACAGGAGCGCGAGCCGUGAAUCGUCACGGGCCAAUGCGGUUUCAGAGAAGAAGGUUAGCCAUGGGGGUCCUCCCUCCAGGUCUGGUGCUGCAGGGAAGGCAGAGGGCAGACCGGGUCGAGCUGCAGAGAACAGGGCAGCGGGUCGGAGCUCGAGCAGUAGCUCCUCCAUGACCAGUCUUCGAUCCUCAAGUGUGGGUGUUUCUUCUGCAAGUGCAGCUCUGCCAUCCAGGGCACCUCGAAGGAACAGUAAGACAGAGGACAAAGGCUUGUCCUUCUUCAAAAGUGCUCUGAGGCCCAAAGAGGCACGGAAGUCAACUGAUGGUGGGAAAGCAGGGGCUGCCGAAGGUAAGGGGAGUCCAGAGGAUGGGGGUGGGGAUGCAGGGAUCCCACAUGGAGCUAGCAAGAAAGCCCAGAAUGUGGCUUCAGAAGCGCAGGCUAAUCUGACCACAGCCAAAGACAAGGAGGCCUCGAAAACAGCGGCUGCAGCUAAACAUUCACUGCUGCCGUCCACAAAAUCCAAACUGUCUGGAGCAGAAACGACCACCCAGUCGUCCGCCAAUGCAAAAGACGCUUCAAAGAAAGAGCCUGCCAAAAAGACAAUGCAGUCUCGGAAGAUUCCUAUCAACUCUACACAAACUAGCCAGAGGUCGAAAUAAAGUUAUCUGAAAUGGGGUCUGAUAACAUUCUCUCAUGUGCAGCUGUGGGUGUUUUAACCAUUUAAAGUAGACGUGUGUCUGAGCAACAUCUUUAAAGCACCUGUAGCUUUUCAGUGGUUACUGAACACCAGCUGCCAUAUCGGACACUUACUGUCCACAUUGUUAAAUAGUUAUUUAGGAAUGGAUUUUAAUGAAGCACUUUGUAUGGAUUGCAAUGAUUUUGAGGAAUAUUAUACUGUAUUGUAAAUAAGCAUGGACUGCACAUGUAUUGAAAUUAUUGCCUUGGUCUGUCUGUAGCAUAGCUGGGAGAAAUCCAUCUCAAUAGGAGGUGAAAAUAAAAGUGACUUUGCACAAGAUGGAAAGAAAUGGUAGAAGGAAACCUUUUGAAAUACAAACAAGGACUAAUCAGUCACCAAAGGAAGUUUACUGGCAAUUUUUAACAUGCUGAUGCAGUGAAACACUGAAUUAUUUCCAAAAAUCUCUUAUGUACAGCUCUCCUUCAAUAUUGAGAGCUAUAUGUCAACAACAAACAUCAGUGCCUCAGAUAAUCAUAGUAUUUAAUCUAAAUUGUAUAACUGCAGGUGUUGGUAAAUUUAUAUUAAAAUUUUAAUAUUUAUUAAGCACUGAAAAUGUAAUUUCAAGUAAAACACAAUUAAGCCUAUUUAACCUGAACUGCUGUUUACAUAUGCUCCUUGAUGUAGUAAUUGUGCAACAGCCUUUAAAGUAUUUUUGUGCAGCCACAUCAGGUUGUUAUGGGGGAGAAACGACAGGGAGCGGUGCAGGAAUGAAACAUGUUGUUGCUGUUAAAUGUCUGGAGACCUUGGCUUGUAAUGGCUCUUAAAUGUUUGUGUUUAUUUACCAGUAAUAACCUAUUACCCCUCAGACAACCUUCCACCCAUCACCACUUCUGCCCUCCAGCUGCUGAUGCCAACACUUAACUGCAGUGCCCAUGGCCUCAUGGGUAUCGGCCUCUUCAGACUGCCAGACAUCUCCAAACAUUCCUCUCAGAUGAACACAGGGUUUUAUGUAAAAAGCCACUAUUCGCACAGGCCGUAUAUUCACAAACAGCUGGGAUGCCUUGGUUCAACACCAUACAUGUACAUAGAACAUUAUGGUGCGUUUGAGUCGGCCUGUCCUCCGUCUUCAUGUAUGACAUCACAGCUUGCGCACAUCUUUAGCUUGCAUUACAAAGUAGAUGAACACUGAACGCACUAACAUAGAUUGAGAAAAGAGAUCACCCUUCAUGAAUUAUAAGACAGUUGUUGCAUGAUAAAUUGCUUAUGCAUGCACUUAACUAUGCAAGCAAACUCUUGCUAAUGCCCACAGUGAGUAUGUAGAAGUGCUACUCUUGGAUGUGUAUAUAUUUCUAACUGUAUAUUUUUCCAAAUGCCAGCAUCAGAGAGCAUGUUAAGGCAUCCUUUAUUAAAGCUUUGUUUGCACAUUUCUUCAAAGUAAUACACAUUUUGUAUGAAUGAUAAGUAUUGCUCAUUCACCCUCUCAAAGUAAAUCAACUCACUUGCAAAUGAAUAUUUUCUGUAUCGUAUUCAUUUGUUUUACGAGUUUUUCCUCACAGUUCCAACUUUUAGGAAAUUUCAAUGAGAGCUUUUUAUAUGGAUUUGGCAACAAAACAUUGCCACGGUUUACAAGUUGACUUAUGACUUUCAAUAACUGUAUCAGCUUUAAAAAUCUGAGUUUAAUUCGAAACUCAUCUGAGAAAUUUCAAUGUAAAAGUGGGGUUUUAUACAGAGCUGUUUACCGGGUCUACGUAUGGUUAAGCAGUAGUAGAGUCCGAUAACACAACUAUCACUGUGCAAGAUCUAACACAAAUGCUAAUAAUUUAUUUCCAGAGUUAGAAUCAUGUACGAUAGAAGUAGAGGUUUAUUGAAUGUUUAAGUGGAGUGUUCAUCAGUAGCCCGAGCAGUCACACCACAAGCUUUGGAUAUUUAUAGCUGGCACAUUUUGCAGAAUACAACAAAACCUUCUGCUCCAGUGCCUGGUGACUACAGUGUGUUGACGCUGUGGCAUUACAACACAUGCAGUACUAUGACAAUAAACUGACCUUAUGUUUGCAACAUCAACAUUGUCGUUGAUGACACGAACGGGAUGUAUAAAUACAGUGAAAUGUUUAAAAAAAAAAAGAUUUAUUUUCAAAAUUGCAUGAGAAUCUUUUUUAUUUUUUUCCAUUUUUAUUCUGUGAUAUAAUGAUUUUCUAAGUUUGCAGUGUUCAUCUGUUCGGUGGAAGAAAGCUGUGUCUGAUGGCAUUGUUUUAGGAAUGCAAAGAGAAAAUAAACGUAUGUCAUUAAAUAACUUUUACAGGACAA